AUGCUGCGGCUCCUUCGCCUCCUCCUCCUGCUCCUGCUGCCUCCCCCGGGGUGCCCGGAGCCCCCCGGCCUGGCCUCCGUGUCCCCGGGGGCGCCCCUGCAGCCCCCCGACUUGCUCUACGCCGACGGGCUGCGCGCCUACGCGGCCGGGGCUUGGGCACCGGCCGUGGCUCUGCUGCGGGAGGCGCUGCGGGGCCGGGCCGCGCUGGGCCGCGCGCGGCGGGAUUGCGGGGCGCGCUGUGCGACCGAAGCGGGCUCGGGGACCCUCCACACCCCGCACCCCGAGCCGGGGCGGGCUGCCUGGGAGCCGCUGCUCCUGCGUUCCGCGCUGCGCCGCGCCGAGUGCCUGACCCAAUGCGGGGCGCAAAGGCUGGGCCCCGGGGGCGCGGCGCGGUUCCGCGUGGGCAGCUCGCUGCGGGCCGCUUUCCGCCGCCGGGAACCCUACAACUACCUGCAGAGAGCCUACUACCAGCUGAAAAAAUUGGACCUGGCGGUGGCCACAGCCCACACCUUCCUUGUAGCCAACCCCACGCACCUGCAGAUGCGGGAGGACAUGGCUAAGUACAGGCGGAUGUCCGGGGUGCGACCCCAGAGCUUCCGGGACCUGGAGACUCCCUCCUACUGGGCAGCCUAUGACAAAGGCCUAGAGCUCUUAGAACGCCAGGAGACGAGCCUGGCACUGCCCUGGUUGGAGGAGGCCCUGCGAGAGAGCCUGGCAGAGAUGGAGAGCUGCCGGGCUGGCUGUGAGGGGCCUGAAGAACAGCAGAAGGAGGACGAUGAGGAGGAGAAGGCAGGGACUGGCAGCCAGGGAGGCCUUUAUGAGGCCAUUGCUGGGCACUGGAUUCGGGUCCUGCAGUGCCGACAGCGCUGCGUGGAGGACACAGCCACGAGGCCCGGUCGCAAUUUCCCUGUCCCAGAUUUCCUUCCCAGCCAGCUGCAGCGGCUGCAUGAGGCCUAUGCACAAGUGGGGAACCUGUCUCAGGCUGUAGAAAAUGUCCUAAGUUUCCUGCUCUUCUAUCCAGAGGAUGAGGCAGCCAAAAAAGCCUUGGACCACUACCAGGCCCAGCUAGGAGAGCCAAGACCCGACCUCGGGUCCAGAGAGGAGAUCCAGCUCUUCAUCCUGCGGUCCCUAGGGGAGAAGAGGCAGCUUUUUUAUGCAGCGGAGCACCUGGGGACGAGCUUCAAAGAUCCUGACCCCUGGACCCCAGCAACUCUCAUCCCUGAGGCCCUCCGAGAAAAGCUCAGAGAGGAUCAGGAGAAGAGGCCUUGGGACCACGAGCCCCCCCAGUCCAAGCCCUUGGCACACUGGAAGGAUGUUCUCCUCCUGGAGGGGGUGACCUUGACCCAGGAUGCAAGACAGCUGAACGGGACGGAACGGGUGGUGCUGGAUGGGCUGCUCACACCAGCUGAAUGCGGGGAACUGUUGCAGCUGGCCGAGGAUGCAGCAGGAGCUGGAGUCCAGGGCCGCAGAUCCCCUCAUACCCCCCAUGAACGCUUCCAGGGGCUCACGGUGCUCAAGGCUGCGAAGCUGGCCCAGGCCGGGACUGUGCGGGGUCAGGGCGCUCGGUUGCUGCUAGAGGCCAGCGAGCGUGUGCGCACCGUGACACAGGCCUAUUUCUCCCCGGAGAGGCCCCUGCACCUCUCCUUCACCCACCUGGUAUGCCGGAGCGCCAUCGAAGGAGAGCAGUCACAGCGCAUGGAUCUGAGCCACCCCGUGCAUGCUGACAACUGUGUCCUGGACCCCGAUACGGGGGAAUGCUGGCAGGAGCCCCCUGCAUACACCUACCGGGACUACAGUGGCCUGCUCUACCUCAAUGAUGAUUUCCAGGGUGGAAACCUGUUCUUCACAGAGCGUGAUGCUCUCACUGUGAAGGCUCAGGUUCAUCCUCGCUGUGGACGGCUCGUGGCCUUCAGCUCAGGUGGCGAGAACCCCCAUGGGGUUUGGGCCGUGACUCGGGGCCGGCGUUGUGCUCUGGCCCUGUGGCAUACAUGGGCACCUGAAUACAGGGAGCAGGAGUGGACUGAGGCCCAGGAGCUGCUGAAGGAGUCUGAAGAAGAGGUGUCAGAGGAGGAGGAGGAAGAAAAGGCCAGUAGAGACCCUUCCCCAGAACCCCCCAGUCGACGACUCCCGCAGACCCAUGACAAGGCUGGGAAGCUGCGGCGAGUUCGAGAGGAGCUGUGAGGAUGAAGACAGAGCCAGCUCCAUGCAGUUCUGAACACUUGGUCACAUUCAGAUCAACUCCACCCCCCACCCCCCUCAGAAUGGGAGCCGAGCCAAAGACUCUGCCUGCA